ACAGAGAAGGUGACGGGAUAGCGUAAUGCUGGGUGUCUCGGUUGAGAUUUGUAUUAAGUUUCGUGCUUAUCAAAUGUAUUGUUGAUCACUAAGUGUGAGGUUCUUCUAAAACAUGUUGGAGACUUGAUUUCAACCACAGCCGUACAAAUACGAGCUAAACGCAAGUUAAUAUCUGUAUUUGCUGCUGCCGAUUCAGCCAAUGCAGCUCCUCCUGCGCUACUAGCUCAAAAAGACCACCAUGAAAUCCAAAUAUAGCGAGUAUAACGGGCUUAACUGGCUUAACGUUGGUAAAGUCUCUGUUAACUAGUGAAUGAUAUGAUGGCCCUGCAAAGGAUUGUCUAAUAUGAAAUAAAAUACAUUCAAAUGAAGGUUGUUUUUAACCCUCUGUUACACUAAUGGGGGUCCGAGAACAGCCACUGGAUUACUUGACUCAAACUUAAAUUUUUCUCCCAAAAGAAAUUGCAAACUAAAUAUUAGUUGCCAUGCGGAUCAGUUUCUGCCAGGGCCUAUUAACUGGUGCCAUCAUCCUCAACCUCCUCAUUCUCUACUAUGUGUCUCGGGCCCAGCAGCAAAUGAUGGAGAAGAGGAAAGAACUAGGCAGGAGCACAAGGAGGGCUGCCCUGCCAGCCUCUGGUCUUGGAGGGGUACUUGUAGGAGCUGGAGGUGAGCCUGGAGUAGUUGGAAUGGAGGGACACAGCCGAGGUCCACGUGUGACUGUUCUUCUUCGGGAGUUUGAACAGUUUGAAAACUAUGUUGGGGAUGUGGCUAAUUCCUUCCUACGCCAGAGACCAGAGCUUCCCUUCCUGGCUGUGGCUGACAUGUCUCCAUACCCUCCCUUGGUGCUUCCAGAGGGUGCUCGGCUUCUUGUGCUCUCCCCCAGUCCGGACCAGCCACCUCAAGCUCACAGGCCAGAGUUUCAUGUGCAAACAGAGUUUGUGCUGCUGGUGCCUGAUGGAGUGGAGCUGGAGCAACCCAGGGCCAUUGAGAGAUUAAUCAGAGAGUUGGAAGGUGAGGGUGGAGGGCCUGUGAGGCUAGUAGCUGCACCCGUGUUGGCUCGAUCUGCUGUGCAAUGUCUCCACUUGCGGGUGAACCUCAGAGAGUGGACAGGCACCUACUCACCAGCUGCAUCUGGGAGUAGUGGGAGUGUGUGUACGGCUUUACAAGGAGAUGCAGUUGUCCUCAUUAGGACUGAGGAUCUUUUUAACCUCUCUGUCCCUCUGGGACGGCCCCUCUUCUCCUCGCUCUUCAUCCAGACUUCUUUGAGAGGCUGGAAGGUCAAACUGCUGGAAGGCCCGUGUUUCUCUGCGAACCAUAGGCCCCUCUUCAGCUCCGCGCACAACCAGUGGAAGGCUGACACUCAACUAAAGGAGGCCACAGGGAAGCUUAUGAGGAGCUUUGGUCUGAAGCGUCUUCUGCUGCCUGAUGGGAGGGAACAGUGGUAUGGAUGCAGCAAAGAGACCCCACGCUGUUUUGGCACUGUGCAGGAUGACACUCCAGACUAUCUUUAUCUGGACCGCUGGACACCUCCCUGCUGUCUGCGAGCACUUAGGGAAACCACCAAAUAUGUUAUCAAUAUCUUGGAGAGCUCAGGAGUACGUUACUGGCUAGAGGGAGGUACUCUGCUGGGCGCUGUUCGCCAUCAAGAUAUCAUCCCAUGGGACUAUGAUGUAGAUCUGGGCAUCUACCUGGAGGAUGUACCCAACUGUGAUCACUUAAAGAACCUGGACUCAGGUUCUCUGGUGGAUGCUAAUGGCUAUGUUUGGGAGCGUGCAGUGGAAGGAGACUUUUACAGGGUCCAGUACAGCGAGGCCAACCACUUGCAUGUUGACCUGUGGCCGUUCUAUCCACGUAAUGGCAUCAUGACAAAAGAUACGUGGACUGAGCACAAACAGGAUGUAGAGUUCCCAGAACACUUCCUGCAGCCGCUGGUACCCAUGCCUUUUGCUGGCAUCACUGCCUAUGGCCCCAACAACCACAAAGCCUUUUUGGAACUUAAGUUUGGAGAAGGGGUGAUUGAGAACCCCCAAUACCCCAACCCUGCAAAAAAGAGACUGGACAGAAGCAAAUUAUGAGUCAUACUCGAGGGCCACAGGCCCAUUCAUGUUUACCUAAUUACACAGAAAGUCUUGCCUCAAAUAAUUUUCUUUGAAAGAUGAUGCCUGGAAACUAAAGCCAUUUUCACACAUGCACUGCAGCCCCGUAUGUUUUAAGACAUUAUAACAGAGUCGGAUCUGAGAUUAAAUGGUCCAGCUCCUCGAGUCUGUGUGAUGUCCUGUUGUGCAAAUUUUCUCUGAUGUGAGAAUUCGUAGCAAGUGUGGUCGUCUGCAUGUGCUGCAUGUGCAAGAGGGCAGUUUCAGAGAAUAUCCAUAUCAGAUUGUCUCAACAUUUUCUGGAGUUCAUGUGUGAAAAAAGGUUUAAUACGGUGCCAAAAUGACUGCAUUUACUGUUACCUUCAACACAUCUGUAUCAGCAGACAGUGGAUUGCAUGCUUGGUCAGAUCUUUCUUUCUGUGUUUUGGAUGUAAAGCCUAAUGUUGAACACACUUUAUUUAUUUGCCUGAGUGGUAGCAUUUGUUUGAAAGACACCCUUGAGGAGUUUAAAUCCAUACACUAGUAUACUGAUAUAAAGACACACUUUAAAUAGUCAAAGACUGGUCUGUCUGUGUUGUAUAGUAAUGUUUAACUAUUACCACUGUAAAAAAAAAUGGAUAAUCUUUAAAAAAAAAGCUGAGAUGUAUUUUAUCUUAAGCAGGAUUUAGGGUAUUAUACAGAUUCACGUGUGUUAAAUGUCUUUGCCUGAACAGAUAUUUGAUUUUUUUUUUUUUUUUUUGACUCUGUUGCCUUGUUUUGCACACCUUAGUUUAUGGUAGUGCCAGCUGGUAUCUACAGCUGAGCAGACUUCCAUCUAGUGAAAUGAGAAGCACACGUGCGUCUUUCAUGCUGUCACAAAUAAAACAUUGCUCCACUGGGCCUUAGUAGUCAAUGAAAUAUUAAAAGGACACUGAAUUCAGUAGACUACUCCCCUGGCUGCCACAUGAUUUCUGUAGUUUUUCUUGUAUCUAAUGUAUUAGGGUGUCAGGUCAUUUUAUGUACUGCUACAAUAAUGGAAUGGUAACAGUUUCAUGUAUUCUGUAAACAGAUGUAUACUAACAGCUGCAAUUCUUGAACACUAGAUGGUGCAAUACACCUAAAAAUUGCUGUGCUGUGUCCAAACAGGCAAUAAGGAGUUGAGUGGGUGGAGUAUUUCAGGAGAGACAGGAAUGCAACCCAUCUCACAUGUUCAUCAUAAACCUACGGUGCAAUGCAAACUAGCUUUGUAAUCAAGCCUCUCCCAUUCUUUACAUAUGUUUAUUCAUUCAUUUUGCUUCUAUUCUUCAUAAAUAGCCUGUGUAUCAGUCCAGGCUUAUGCACCACUGAGAGGCUGCAUUAUGUUUUGAUGCAUAAACCAUUUUUGUAUAUUUCCACUUGAGUGUAAUGUGUGACUGUAACAGUCAAGUGUUUUCCUGUUGGCUUCUAACUAGCCACCGCAGUAAGGUUUAAACAGGGUUUGUGUCAACAAAAAGCCACAUCCAUAUAAUUAAAAAAAGACAAAAAGGACUUUAUUGAUGAACUGUAGCUGACAAUAUAUUUUAGACGAGAAGCAGAAAUGAUGUAGUAAAUUAUAACAGACUUUAAAAAAAAAAAAAACCUGAUUAAGCCAGACAUGCACAUAGUAAACCACAAAAAGAACAAAAAAA